AAACUUAAAAAUUAAAUCUCACGAACCCGACAAAUGAUCUGACGGCUGCAGACAAUAAAUUUUCAAAACGAAUCCCCAACCAAGGCAAAUGUAGAUGCAGAAGCAGGAAGAGGAAAUGGAGAAGCAGGAAGUGAAGGAGAAGGGGAAUGACCGAGCAGAAAGGAAAAGAAAACCGGGCUGUAAACGUUUGGCUCUCACUUUGUCUGUUGCGAUUUGCUUUGUUAUUGGUGUACCACUGUGGUUAAAGUCAACGGAGGUAUACAGAACACAUCUUCCUUAUGAAGCCAUACAUUCUCUUUCAACCAGCCCUGUGCCACGACUUCCCUGCCAGUUUAAUAUCCUACUUCUUAACUUGAACUCCCAAAUUGACACGGAGGAUGGUGCUGCCCUGAAGCACUAUUUGCAAGGAUUUACAAGUUUAAUAUCACUACAACUGACAAACAGAACGAAUGAGAAUGAUCACGGUGGUUGUGGGAAUGAUUAUGUUGUUACAGUGAGCUUGGAUUGGAAAGACAAAUGCUUGAGAGGUGGAACAAGUCAGAAUCUUUCAUAUUGGCCUUGUGGGUUGAGCACUUAUCUUUCCUCAGUCGAUAUUUCUUCUUCGGAUGACGGUGUGGUGGAUGAGUUGCUGAAUUCUUAUUCCCUCAGGGCAUCGGGAGAUAUAGGUGGCGUGUACACUGUUGUGGUUACAGGGAGUGGAAAUGCAGGUUCACAUCCGUAUAGAUGUGUGAUUGGGAAGCACCGCCAUGCAUGGAUAGUGGGGGAGGUGUCAGAGGCAGAUGCUAUUACAUUAAUUGGAGAGAUUGUAGGCAACUACUUUGUAAAGGGGGGGAGUAUGGAUGAAAAUGAGGGCGUGUCCAUGCCUCUUGCUGCAGAUGGUAGUGCCACACUUUCAUUCAGCCUUCUAAAUGCGAACCCUGCAGAUUGGAUAUAUCAAUGGGAUUUUGAGAAGCUUGAGAAGCAUUUCUUGACGCCUCUGGUAGAAAUGUUGGCUCCUGUUGCAACUUUAGGUGUGGAGAGCCAGGUUCUGUACCAUACUCCAAAGGCAGCCCAUUCGUACUGGGAUGAACAGUUAGCAAGCUAUGUUUUACAUGUCAAGGAUCUUCCUUUCUUUGUAAACUCUAAUGAAUGGCAUUUGGAUACAUCUGUUGCUGCUGCUGGACGUUCUAAGAUUUUGCAAUUCGCAAUCUAUAUACCAUCAGCUCUGGAAUGUCCUUUAAGAGUGAAACUUCCGAAUGGGAAAAUUUCUGCAACUAAUGGGUUUAUAUCUCCUGGAUGGGGUGGUAUCAUUUUCCUGAAUCCUUUGAGUUGUAUCAGCAGUACUGUGACUGGCAAGCACCAUAGUCAUGAAUUUAAUCAAGAGGAAUUCGGACCAGUUAUGCAAGUUGUUGUAGGACAGAUACGCAUGCUUCUAGGCCUUCCAUCAACAGCUCCAUAUGAUUCCAAGAUGCAUAUAUCAAGUGUUUUAGCUAGUCAGACAGGCUUCGCAGAUUGGGAAUUGGAUGUUUUGCUUCGUCGUCGUGUAGUUGCAGAUGUGGCUUCUUGCUCAUUGACUUUGGCAUCUCUCUCACGUCUGGUCAAAUCACUUCCUAGCAUGGUUAUCAAGGAUGAAAUUGGAGAUCAGAUAUAUCAAUCACUUGAAGCUGCAAGUUUGGCUCGAAACAACUCUUUUGCUGGCAUGUAUUUAGCUGCAGCAGCAGAAUUUGCUCGUAAAGCAAGGAAUUUGGCAGAGGAAGCUUUUUUCCAGCCAUCCAUCAUGUCGCUUCUGUAUUUCCCUAUUGAGCAUCACUUUGCUAUCUACACUCCUUUCUUCGUACCAGUUUUGCUGCACACAUUCCUUGCAGCAACAAAGGAGAUUAUACGCUAUCGACGGGAACGGAAAGUGUUCUUGAGGUCAAAUGUGUGAACAUGCUUCAUAACAUUUCUUUCAUCCUGCUACCAAGCUAAGCCAAUUUUGCUGUUGGUUUCUUCCAGAAAUAGAUAAGGUCACACAUGAUUCAAUGGGAACCGACAAAGUUCUUUAAGUCAAACAAAUAAGAGCAAAUAUUUAAUGUCUUGUAUAUGACAGUGACCUUGAGGUUUUAACUUUGUUUGGUUUUCCGAAUAUGUAUAUAUGUGGCUCCAAAUGAGUCCAAUUGUCUUUCAUAGAAUAUAAUUGUGACUUAAGAUGCUAAUGGGAUGCAAUUCUCACCUAGAAAGAAGUUUAAUUGUCUGUUUGGUGCCUCCUUAAUGAGAGAGUUGAGGCAACAAGUUGGAUGUAGGAAAUGCUUUGAACUAUGAGAAAAAAUCAAGUGUUCAUUUUUGAA